CUCUCUCUCAGAUAUUUUUCUGUUCUUCUUUCCCAGCAACAUCAUCUUUCUUUGGCUACAUCUCUUUACUGUAACAUACCUCACAAGUUCCACUAUUGUUAAUUUAGUGCUCCGGCUCGCUAAUUAUGGCUGCUUCAAGAACCUAUGCAGAUGGGCUGAAACUUGCAGUAAUUGUUGCUCUCAUCUUUUGUCUCGCGUUUCUACCACCAAAAUCAGCUCAAGGCUUGGUACUUUCAAGCAACAGUGAGAAUUUGCAGCAGCAAAGGAAGAAUAAGGUGUUGGGUUCAAAGCCUCCAGGUUGUGUAAACAAAUGCUUCAGUUGCAGGCCUUGCAUGGCUACUUUGGUAGUUCCUUCUCACCAAAAGAAGGGUCUUACUUUUAAAGCAUUAUCCCGUGGAGAUGAUCAUGAUGAUGAUGGUUAUUAUCUUCUCUCAUGGAAAUGCAAAUGUGGAGAUAAGCUUUUUCAACCAUGAGCUGUAUACAUGUAAUUAACCAACCUCCCUGUAGGUUCUAGCUAGGUGAAACUUCUUAAUAAUUAUCUAUGUCAAUCUCUGUCAUCUCUUUUUCAUUCCAUAUAUGUCUAACUUAUUGUGUGCCACUGCCACUUCCAGUGAUAAAUGAUCAUUAAUUACAUUAUAA